AUGUGCGGCUGUGCCUCUAGUUCUGGGGACCCAAAGUCGUAUUCUCUAAAAAAAGCAGAGGCUUCUUCAGCCAAAGAUACCACUUCAAAAUCAAGGAAAAUGCCCAAAAGUAUUCCAAUAUCCAAGCAGCUGGCUUCCAUCAAAGCUCUAGGGAAAGGCUCUGAUCUAGAGAAAGCUGUUACUACUUUAGUCUUAGUGUACAAUAAUGCUGCAGACGCUGACGGGAAACUCAUCAGAUCCGAAGCUAAAGAAUUGCUCCAAACUCAGUUUACGCAUUUUAUACAGGGGCAAGAAGAGAAACCAAAAUACCAGGAAAUCCUUGCCAGUUUCGACGAGAGCAAGAACGAGCCAAUUGACUUUGAGGAUUUUAUGGUUCAGACACUUAGUAUCACUCUGAUGUCUGACCUCCUGGAAGACAUCAAAAAGUGUGCAAAAAAAUGAAUGACUAAGAAGACUGGCUGCAA